AUGAAUAAUAUUGAAUUAUUUGCGUUUUUAAGCAACGGAGUCUUGAAAUGGAACUUUUUUGAGGAUAUCACUGACACGGUAGAACAAAACAAUGAUGUGGAAAAAGAUAAUGAUAAAAAUUCUAUAUUAGAAGAAAUAUUUCCUCCCAGAGAAUGGACUCAGGUUAAUAAUAAAAACAAGGUGAUAACUUUGAGACAGACAAUUUCCAGAGAACCGUCAAAUAGAGAUGAAGUGGCCAAAAUGAUUGUCAUGUUAAACCAUUUAGAACAGUUUUAUAGAUUCAAGAAAAAAGGGAUUUGUGAAACAAGAAAUUAUGUUUACAAUUUAUUUUUUGAUGAAAUUUUGAGACAAGUUGUAAUUUUGGAUGAAGAUCUUGGAGCAGUUUUAUAUAGAAUUCAAAAAGAGUUUAAAAAUACGAUUUUUAUCUUAAAAUAUAUGCUUGAUAAAGCAGUGAUGUUUAAUAAUUUGUACCCGGAUACAGAGAAUUUCAGCCCUGAAUUUUUAAAGGAAGUUGAAGAAUUAAAAAGAAUAAAUAAUGAUUUAAAAAUAAAAUAUAGACUUUCAAAACAAAGAUAUUUAGACAGGGUAAAGAAAAAAGAGUCGGGCGAGGAUUAUAAACUUCUAAUUUUAUUGAAAGUUAAAUACAGAAUGCUGAUGAACUACAUUAAAAGAUCAACUGAACAACUCAAAGAACAGAUGAAUAUGAUGACGCCAUCAACAAAGACUUCUUAUCUGAUCCAAAGUAAAAUCAAUUCAACCAAGUUGUAA